ACAGGGAUUCGGGUUGAAGCUGCUCGAGGCGGGCAGGUUGAAGGAUUAGGAGGAGGGGCGAGUUGCUCGGUAUGGCUGCUGGGACUUUGGGGAUAUAAGACGGCCCCCGAGCUUACGUUCAUGAUCACUCUUUUCUUCGCUAUCUCCCUUUAACAGCAUCUCUUUCAAACUCAUCCACGAUCCUACGAUAUGCGUGUCAAGGCGAUUGGCGUUGCGGUUGGCUUAUGCGCCGUUGGCGCUCUAGCCAAGGAGAAGGCAGUCGAUAUGUCACGUCAUGCCGAGUAUAAAUCUGGAGCAGUAAUGGAUCGAAUUAUGGCUCACAAGUUCGAACAAUGGGAAGCCAAACUUGCUAGCGGCGCCCUCAACAGCACCCAAUGGCCUCGUCUCAACUAUACCAAGUGUGUCAAUGGCAUUGCUGAAGCCAUCCAUGGCGAUGCUUUGCACACUUUCAGGUGCAAGAACAUGGACCUGUACGACUUCAUCAACCACGCGACUCUCGGCUCACCAUUGGCAACUGAGGAGGGAGCGACUGGUAGUUCCAUUUGGGGCUGGACUGACCCCAAGUUCGGCAGAGAGUUUAUCGCUGUGGGAAUGUAUCAAGGAACUGGCCUGGCUGAGAUCUUACCCAAGGGUAGACUGCUCAAUCUGGGUUUCCUUCCUGCCCCCGCAGCACUUGGCAAACAUGCUCUGUGGAAGGAGAUCCGUUCAUACAAGAACUAUAUGAUCAUUGGCAGUGAACUGGAAGACCACGGAAUCCAGAUCUUUGACAUGCGAAAGCUCCUCACGAUCAACCCCAAGAAAGCGCCCGUCACCUUCUCUGUCGACGACGUCACGGGCCACUUCAAGGACUUGCCUCUUGGCCGUACCCACAACGUCGCCAUCAAUGAGGAACUUCAGUACGCCGUGUCCGUCGGCGCCGCUCCUCGUGAAGACGUUUGCGGUGCCGGUCUCAUCUUCAUCGACCUCAAGGACCCAUCCAAGCCCACGAGACUAGGUUGCAAUGCUCAAGACGGUUAUGUACACGACGCCCAAUGCCUCAAAUACCGCGGUCCCGACAAGCGCUACCACAACCACGACAUCUGCUACGGCUACAACGAAGACAGCCUCACCAUCUACGACGUAACCGACAAGCACAACUCCUCCAUAAUCUCCCGCACCUCCUACGACGGCGCCGCCUACACCCACCAAGGCUGGGUGCUCGACCCCUUCAACCAAGAAUACCUCCUCCUAGACGACGAGUACGACGAGGAAGACGGCGUCGGCCCGGCCAAGGACGGGUACCCCGUCACUUACAUCUGGGACAUCCGCGACUUGCAGAACCCGAAGAAUACCGGCCUCUAUAAAGCGACGAAUCGCGGGAUCGAUCAUAACCAGUAUGUUAUUGAUGGACUGAGUUAUCAGAGUAGCUAUGGCGCGGGCGUGAGGGUUUAUGAUGUCUCGAGUAUUCCUGUUGAUCCGACAGGACAAAGUGUGUGUGAGGUGGCGUAUUUUGAUAUUUAUCCUGAGGAUGAUACAGAGCCGGGUGAGGGUGUCGUUGGGUUUGCGGGCAGUUGGGCGAGUUAUGGGUAUUUUAAGAGUGGGUUUAUUGCUGUCAAUACGAUUGAGAGGGGGGUGUAUUUGGUCAAGAUUACGAGGAGGGAGAGGUGUAAGAGGGUGCGUGCUUAGGGUGUUGGGGAUUGGGAUGGGGGAUGGAGAAGAUGGAGGUGAGCGCGCAGGUUUGGUGCCGGCGGACGAUUGAGGAUCAUGUACCCUAACCCUGAACACCGAAAAGGGGUCGUUGAAGUGGAUGUCUGCCGUCUGUCGAGUCAGCAACAUGGGAUCUAACACGGUGGAUCCCAUACAUAAUUCUGGAAACACCGGAAGGAGUGUCUUCGGAUUCUUC